AGCACCUUGGUGUUUUCAACAACAAAAAAGAAAUAAAGAGGAGAAAGAAAAUGAAAAGACGUAUCUUGUUAUUAAGAGCUAGUACUCUGACUUUUUCUUUAAGAAAUAGACUUACCUUGUUAUAAAGAGAUAGUACCCAAGACUUUGCUUGCACUCUGAUUUUUUUUUUUUCUUCUGAAAAUAGACUUACCCUGUUUUUCACUCGAGCACUCCUAUUCUCUUGUGCUUGCAGUAGGCGACCUCGUCCAAGAUCUACCGGACUCUGACUGACGUCAUGGAGAAACCAACGCUUCCCCACACAGAGAUCCAGGUCGGUGCCAGCAGCAGAACGACAAAGUCCAGUCGUGGAGAGGGUCCGUUGUGCGCUGUGGCCUGGCUGGUCAGUCUGCUGACCUCUCUGUCGUGUGUGUCCAGGACCGUGAGCCUGGCCUCGUUAGUGAGCGACUCGCACGUCAGUUUGAUUCCUCUGUGGGUGUGGCAGCUUCUCUUGUAUGUGCUGGUCGCUGUUACUGAAAGCACAGUACAUUGCUCAAGGUAUUCGUCAUAUUGGCAACAAUCUUCAGUCACAUCCAGCCGUUCACAAAGUACACUCAGACGUUUUCUACUGGAACACAGCUGUUACUGCAAACGUUGGUUCCGGUCUGCGGACUUCUUAUACCAGCUUGUGCGUUGUUGAUGAAAUCCUGUAUCGGCGUGGAUCUUUCAUUGGCUUCUGACGGCUACCCAUGCUCCUCAACGGCAGUGACGUCACAGCAAGCAGCGUUGGCCGUCUUCGCCUAUUGGCUAAUGAAAGGGAGGAGGAGGAGUCAGGAAGUUGAUCCCGCUGACAAGACAUGCGCACUACUUUUUUUGUUUAUACUUUGUGCUUCUAACAUAUCCAGCUUUUUCACAAGAUCAAAAUUUGACCACAGCCUCAACAACCACCUCUUGUUUGCCCUGGGCACGGUCUUGUUGCUACAAAAGAGACGCGAAUCUCCAGAGGACAAGACGGUAUUGCUGUCACACCACAAAACGGCGUCGUUAUCUCAUCGGAGGAGUAAAUCUCAAGACUAUAAAGACGCCUCUAUCGGGAAACCUGUGGAAGCUCAGCUCAGAUUUGUGUUAGUGGAUACAGCAGACGCAGACUCAGAGUUGUGUGGAUACUCAAUACAACUUCUCUUACUGCAGGGAUUUCUUUUUGUCCUGCUUGCCUUCGUUUCCAUGUUGCUCGCCCACCCUUUGGCAGCCUUCCUGUUGGUUCUUCCGACCGUGGGGAGCUCCUGUGCCAGUCUCGCUGCCUUACCGGCGACCGCGUUGGUCAUCUCUGUCUUGGCCGUAACCGUGGCCCUGUCGGGUCUCCUGUGGCCUGAUCUGGAGGCCCGCCUGACCCAGACUCUGUGUUGUUCCGUGACGCGGCCGGCCCAGGCGGUCAUCGCUUCUGUCUACACAACGGUCAAAACUAGUAUGGAAACUUGCCCGACUAUUUGACUCGACUCCCACAUUUCUCUAUGAACAGAAUAACUAAUAAUAAAUUAUGAUGGUAUAGCCAGG